UUGCGUUAAAUCUCGUUUAACAAGAGGCAACAUUCUGUCACCUUGGUGCGAAGAUAACGGGGUUGAGGAGGAUUUUUUUUAGUCUCGGAGAGCUGCAAAAGAAACGGCGGUGACCACGAGAGAGAGAGAGAGAGAGAGACAAAAAUACCCCAAAAUGUUGCUGGAGCGUCUUCCUGGAAUGGACUCUGUGCAUCUUUCCCCGCCCGGUCUAAUUUCUGAGCAAGUCUGCGCGUCCAAACUAAGCUGCGAAUUGUGAUCCAGUAGCGAAAGCCUUCAAUGAAAGGAUUUUCCCAUGUUUGCCAAUAUGGCCAAGGACAUUUCUCCAGCCUGGACUAGAGGGCCACAGUCAUCUACUGCUGGAAUAUUACACUCCGACACAGAGGAUACCGGGAUAACGGAGAAUACGGCAUUGUCAGGCGAGGAAAUCCCAGCUGAGGAGGCCUCGCUGGAGCCAGAUGACGAGGUGCCCUACCCAGACCUGGCUCCAGUAGUCUUCUUCUGCAUCAGGCAGACCACCCGCCCUCGUUGUUGGUGCAUUAAGGUAGUGUGUAACCCGUGGUUCGAGCAUGUCAGCAUGUUAGUCAUCCUGUUGAACUGUGUCACUUUGGGAAUGUACCAGCCCUGUGAGGACGUGGACUGUUCCACCGACAGAUGUAAGAUAUUGCAGGCUUUUGAUGACUUCAUCUUUAUUUUCUUCGCCAUGGAGAUGGUGAUCAAGAUGGUUGCCUUAGGGAUCGUCGGGAAGAAGUGCUACCUUGGUGACACGUGGAAUCGCUUGGAUUUCUUCAUCGUCAUGUCCGGGAUGGUGGAGUACUCACUGGACCUUCAGAAUGUCAGCCUCUCUGCGAUCCGGACAGUCCGAGUUCUCCGCCCACUGAAAGCCAUCAACAGAGUACCCAGUAUGAGGAUCCUGGUCAACCUGCUGCUGGACACUCUCCCGAUGCUUGGAAACGUCCUUCUACUCUGCUUCUUUGUCUUUUUCAUCUUUGGAAUCAUCGGCGUGCAGCUGUGGGCUGGACUCCUGCGUAACCGCUGCUUCUUGGAAGAGAACCUGACCCUGUACAAUGGACUCUCUCUGCCCCUGUACUACCAUCCCGAGAAGGAUGAUGAAACGCCUUUCAUCUGCUCUCUGUCUGGAGAUAACGGCAUCAUGGGCUGUCACGAGAUCCCAGCACUGAGAGACAACGGGCAUGAAUGCUGCCUGGACAAGGAUGACUAUUACUACUAUGCUGCCUUGGGCCAGGAGCUCAACGUUACCGGGGGGUGUGUCAACUGGAACCGGUACUACACUGCCUGCCAAACUGGUGACAAGAACCCUCACAAAGGAGCCAUUAACUUUGACAACAUCGGCUACGCGUGGAUUGUGAUAUUUCAGGUUAUCACCCUGGAAGGUUGGGUUGAAAUCAUGUACUAUGUGAUGGACGCACAUUCCUUCUACAACUUCAUUUACUUUAUCCUACUAAUCAUUGUGGGCUCCUUCUUCAUGAUUAACCUCUGCCUGGUCGUCAUAGCCACGCAGUUCUCGGAGACGAAGCAGCGGGAGCACCAGCUGAUGCAGGAGCAGCGGGCCCUCUAUUUCUCGACCAGCACGCUGGCCAGCUUUGCCGAGCCGGGCGACUGCUACGAGGAGAUCUUCCAGUACGUGUGCCACAUCCUGCGCAAGGCCAAGCGGCGGACGGCGGCGCUGUAUGCCAGCCUCCACUCCAGGAGCCAGGGCAGACGGCGGGCACCCACUGACCUCAGCAUCUGCCAGAACAAGUGCGGGCAUUACCACAUGCCAGAGGGUUUGGAAUACACGCCGUGCGCUAUUGUCCAGCCGAUCGCGCUGACCCUGACCUCGGACCCCGACCCCUGCCUGCAAUGCAACUGCGCCAAGCGGAAUCCGGCUACCAAUGCCGUUGAUCUAGCAGGGACCGAGGCAGGAGAGGCAGCAAAAGACAGGGAGCUGAAGACCAGCGGCAGAGGAGCGAAGGAAAGCGAGGUGAACUGGUGCGUCGGCUUGUGGACAGAGGUGCGAUGUAAACUGACCAGCAUCGUGGAGAGCAAGUACUUCAACCGAGGAAUCAUGAUAGCGAUACUGAUCAACACCAUUAGUAUGGGCAUCGAGCACCAUGAGCAGCCAGAGGAGCUGACAAAUGUCUUGGAGAUUAGCAAUAUCGUAUUUACCAGCAUGUUUGCCCUGGAGAUGAUUCUCAAGCUCACUGCAUUUGGUUUCUUCAACUACCUGAGGAACCCUUAUAACAUUUUCGAUGGUAUCAUCGUCAUCAUCAGCGUCUGUGAAAUCGUGGGCCAGUCGGACGGGGGCCUCUCUGUGCUGCGCACCUUCCGUCUCCUGCGAGUGCUGAAGCUGGUGAGAUUCAUGCCAGCUCUGCGCCGCCAGCUGGUGGUCCUGAUGAAGACGAUGGAUAACGUGGCCACCUUCUGUAUGCUCCUGAUGCUCUUCAUCUUCAUUUUCAGCAUUCUGGGAAUGCACAUCUUCGGCUGUAAAUUUAGCCUCAAGACUGACGGUGGAGACACUGUUCCUGACAGGAAGAACUUUGACUCACUUCUCUGGGCGAUCGUCACGGUAUUCCAGAUCCUGACUCAGGAGGACUGGAAUGUCGUGCUUUACAACGGAAUGGCUUCCACCUCGCCUUGGGCUGCUUUGUACUUUGUCGCGCUCAUGACAUUUGGCAACUACGUGCUCUUCAACCUUCUAGUCGCUAUCUUGGUGGAGGGCUUUCAGGCAGAGGGGAAUGCCAACAAGUGGGAUUCUGAGGAAGAACGGACUUCAACUAACUAUGAAGACUGUGAGAAGAUAAAAGAAAUGCAAUAUUUAUCAGAGGUGAAAGGAUGCUCAAUUACAAUGACCCCCAAUGGGCACUUGGACCUGGCGCCCCAGAACCAAUCAAUAGGAUCAGGAAUCAUAACCUCAUCGAGGACUUCUCUACAGCCGGAAAACUUCCGGAGCUUCACGGGAUCCAGGAAGAGCAGCAUAACCUCACUGACAAGGGUCAACUUCGAUCAGAAAUCACUGCCUAGCCUGCGGAGCUCACACUACCUCCCCUGGAGCAGUCGGAGGGCCAGCUGGAACAGCGUGGGCCGCGCCUCCAGCCUGAAGCGGAACCUCCACUCCGGUGAGCACGAGUCGCUGCUCUGCUCCGAGGGCCGUAAGACCUCCUCCGGUGGCCCCGACGACCUCCGGGCCGAAGCAGUCAACGGCUCGAGCCUGGUGCACCGCCGGGCCCUCUCCCUGGACACCAAGGGUUCCAGCGACCUGCCCGAACUCCUGCAGGUGCCCAUCGUGCAGGCCUCGGCGAGGAAGAACAGCCUGGCCACUGUCACCGUUGACCACCGAGGCUCCAACGGGAAAGGCCCCCACGUUGUGAAGGAGGUCUUCCCCAAGAUGAACAGCAGGAAGGAGAGGAGCGUUUACGAUGAGGAGAUUGACUAUAGUCUCUGUUUCCGAAUUCAGAAGAUGAUAGAGAUUUACAAGCCAGACUGGUGUGAGACAAGGGCAGACUGGUCGGUCUACCUGUUCUCCCCACAGAAUAGGUUCCGCCUGAUGUGUCAAAUGAUCAUUGCCCACAAGCUCUUCGAUUACAUCGUCCUAGCUUUCAUCUUCCUCAACUGCAUCACGGUUGCACUGGAGAGACCCGAGAUUGACCAGGGAAGCACAGAGCGAAUCUUCUUGAGUGUUUCCAACUACUUCUUCACCGCCAUUUUUGUUGCAGAAAUGACCCUAAAGGUCGUCUCUCUGGGGUUUUACUUUGGCAAUGAAGCAUACCUGAGAAGCAGCUGGAACAUUCUGGACGGAUUCCUGGUCUUUGUCUCCCUCAUUGACAUAGUCGUGUCCCUGGCCUCUGCAGGAGGAGCCAAGAUCUUGGGCGUGCUCCGGGUGCUAAGGCUUCUCCGUACCCUGCGUCCCCUCAGGGUCAUUAGUCGAGCACCAGGCUUGAAGCUGGUUGUUGAAACCCUUAUUUCCUCCCUAAAGCCGAUCGGGAACAUCGUCCUCAUUUGCUGCGCUUUCUUCAUUAUCUUUGGGAUUCUGGGAGUCCAGCUCUUCAAAGGCAAGUUUUACUACUGCCAGGGUCACGAUACUCGCAAUGUCACCAACAGGUCAGACUGUUUGUUGGCAAACUACAAGUGGAUGCAUCACAAGUAUAACUUUGACAACCUCGGACAGGCCCUGAUGUCUCUCUUUGUGCUCGCUUCGAAAGAUGGCUGGGUCAACAUCAUGUACCAUGGGCUGGACGCCGUGUCCAUUGACCAGCAGCCCAUCAUCAACCACAACCCCUGGAUGCUGCUCUACUUCAUCUCCUUCCUGCUGAUCGUCAGCUUCUUCGUGCUCAACAUGUUCGUUGGCGUGGUGGUGGAGAACUUCCACAAGUGCCGCCAGCACCAGGAGGCCGAGGAGGCGAGGAGGCGGGAGGAGAAACGCCUGCGGAGGCUGGAGAAAAAGCGCAGGAAAGCCCAGCGGCUGCCCUACUACGCUGCCUACUCUCCGGUCCGACUCUUCAUCCACACCUUGUGCACCAGCCAUUACCUGGAUCUCUUCAUUACUUUCACCAUCUGCAUCAACGUGGUGACCAUGUCGCUGGAACAUUACAACCAGCCCAAGUCUCUGGAGGUCGCUCUCAAGUACUGUAACUACAUGUUCACCACCGUCUUUGUGCUGGAAGCAAUUCUCAAGCUCGUGGCUUUCGGAUUGCGGAGGUUCUUCAAGGACAGGUGGAACCAGCUCGAUUUGGCCAUUGUUCUGCUCUCAGUCAUGGGGAUUACACUGGAGGAGAUUGAGAUCAGUGCAGCCCUUCCCAUUAACCCCACCAUCAUCCGGAUCAUGAGAGUUCUCCGGAUCACCAGAGUGCUGAAGUUGCUGAAGAUGGCCACUGGGAUGAGAGCCCUCCUGGACACCGUAGUGCAGGCUCUACCUCAGGUGGGAAACCUUGGGCUCCUCUUCAUGCUUCUGUUCUUCAUCUAUGCCGCUCUAGGAGUUGAGCUGUUUGGUAAAUUAGUUUGCGAUGAGGACCAUCCGUGUGAAGGAAUGAGCCGCCACGCCACCUUCGAGAAUUUCGGGAUGGCGUUCCUGACGUUGUUCCAGGUGUCAACUGGAGAUAACUGGAAUGGGAUAAUGAAGGAUACGCUCCGCGACUGCUCCAGCGAUGACCGGAGCUGCCUCAGCAACCUCCAGUUCAUCUCGCCGCUCUACUUCGUGAGCUUCGUGCUGACGGCCCAGUUUGUGCUGAUCAACGUGGUGGUCGCGGUCCUCAUGAAGCACCUGGACGACAGCAACAAGGAGGCCCUGGAGGACGCGGAGCUGGACGCGGAGAUCGAGAUGGAGCUCGCCCAGGGUCUGUGCGGGCCGCCGGCGAGCCCUUCUGCCUCCGGGACUGUCCCCGCACCGGACAGCGGCCACAAGAGGAAAGGCGAGAGGCGGGAUCCAGGAAAACACAUCUCGCCCGCACAGGAGAAUCUGUGGCUGGACAGUGUCUCCCUGAUCAUACGGGACACCUGCGAGAGUGAACUCCUGAUGAUCGACAGCCUCUCUGGAUCCAUCUUCCAUCAUUACUCAUCAUCUCCCACCUGCAGGAACUGCCAGCACGACAAGCAAGAGGUUCUCCUCGCAGAGACAGAAGCGUUCUCGCUGACCUCCGACUUCCUCUCCGACAAAUCAUCUUCUGUCGUCUUGGCUGAUGACUUGAGUUCAGACGAGAGCGGGCCUCAGCUGACAGCCAGAGAAUAUGAGGAGAAGGAAGGAACAGAUAGUCACGACCUUGCUGAGAAUGACAGCUCAAAUAUGUUAACGGUGAAGGAAACAGCGAUUUACAGAACAGCAUCGCUGCCAAACAACAGUUACACUUCACAAGCUGAGAAUACGGCUUUGGGCCAAGCUUUUACCACGACACAGUCAGGGCCCACAGAGCAGAUCGCUGUCACUCCUCCCCAGGAGCCUUCUGGCUCUUCUUGUCUUCAGUUUACCAGCGGGAUUUUCCACCCAGUGGCUCCCUCGCCCACAGCCCAAGACAGCAACAGCCAGCCUCUCAAGAUCCCUUCCUCUGGUUCCUGGACCUCGCUGCAGUCUCCAACCCUGACCUGGUCCCUGCAGAGGCAGGUCGCCAUCUGUGACGCCUCGCUGAGCGACGAGUCGGUGGACAGCCUGCACACGAUGCUGGAGGACGGCCUGAGAAUUACUGUGUCGCCUCAGGACCCGCUGCCCCUCCCAGCGGUCUGCACGGUCCCUCCCCCUCAAGGAACCGGCCCCUCCUUCCUGCCUCCCCCUCGGGAGAACAGCAGCCAACACUGGCGGGUCCUCGGGCUCCAGAAGCUGAGGGGCCACCACCGGAGUCAGAGCAGUGGGGGCAGCACGAGUCCUGGGUGCACCUACCAGGACUCCAUCGAGCCCUCUGAUGAGGAGGGGCUCGCCCACUCUCUGAGAACCAACAGCGAACACUCAGAGACACUUAGUAGCCUCUCUCUGACCUCCCUCUUCUCUCCCUCACCAUCCCCGCCCACUCCAAUCAAAAAAUAUAAUAGCACAGGCACUUUGGAUGCAGUCUCCAAAGGGAGAGACGCCAAACAGUUUUAUAACAUUGACCAGCAAGGGUUCUUAACGGCCCCCUCCUGGGUCUCCGACCUCUGCAGAAACAACCUUCCAGCCGCCAGUUUGGAAGGUCGACGCCCUGACCAAGAGAUGGGGACUGAGGGCUUUAAAGUAGCACACGGCCAGACAACUACCCAGGUCCAGUCCAGGAAUGAGUGCAACACUGCAAUGCAAAAGAAGAAAAGAUGAGUUUAUGGCACCACAUGCGUGUAUUUUUUUUAAAGAAAACAAGCAAACUGGUCGAAACACUUGAUUUACCUCAUCACGCAAGAGUUACGGAGUCUGGCUAUCACGUGCUGUUUGUGUGCACCUAAAAGGAUUUUUUUUAGAGAAAAAAAAGGUCGCAUUAAUUCAACUCUCGGUGUGUGGGUGGCCCGCAAAGCCUAGGUUGCAAAAAUGUUUUCUCUUCAGUUCUGUUCUCCUCUCAACUUCCAAAAACUCAACGACGAAUGUAACGCUACUUGACAAAACAGUUGCUAAGAUCCAAAUGAGAAUGUGCGAAAAUGUGUGCAGGUUGUAAGAAAUCUCUGCA